AUGGCUGACCAUUCGAGGCCGAGGUCUCGCUCGAGAUCGCCGCGUCGGGCACCAAAGGGCAGUGGAGGAUUCAGGUGGAAGGAGAAAAAAUCGGGAGAUGCUCGGGAUGAUCGCCAAGACGGCCGCCGAGACGACCGGAGGGAUGACAGACGAAGUGACCGCCAAGAUUAUCGCAACGGGCGCGACAGAGACUUUCGAGAUCAGGACCGAAACCGCGAGUACCGCGAUCGAGACCGCGAGCGCUCCCCUCGCCGUGAUAGGUCGCGCCGACGAGACGAAGCCCGCCGGCGCAGCCCGGACGACAAAGUUACCAAAGAGAAGCGAAGCGACGACAGCAAAAAGGAAAAAAAGUCUAAAAAGGUCGCAUCUCUUGCCGGCAAGGAACUUAUCGUGGUUCACAUCAACGACCGGCUCGGCACGAAGACAGCGGUACCGUGCCUUCCUGACGACACUAUCGGCCAGCUGAAGCUCAUGAUUGCUGCGCGUAUUGGUCGGGAGCCGGGGCAAAUUAUGCUGCGCCGCCAAGGCGAGCGGCCAUUCAAGGAUCCCAUUAGCUUGGCCGACUAUGGCAUUUCGAAUGGCGUGCAGCUGGAUCUGGAGAUUGACACGGGUGAUUAA